UCACGAAGAAGAAAGUAGGGCCCUUCGGAAGGAGGAACAGCCGUUAACGACUCUCAUCCUACGAAGGGCGCUUUGUUGAUGAAGGAAAUAAUAAUGGAAAUAAUUGCACAGCCAGAUCACGCAUACACCACCAUGUGCGAUCAGCUUAACGCGACGGAGUUCACAUAUAAAAUGAGCAACAAUGAAAUACAAAACUUUGUGAAGUUGCGGGUUUCAAACAGUUAUCUCUUCUCUGGAUUGAGAAAUAGCUCCAAGUGGGCAUGGAGGACCAUCCUGAAACACAUGGGCUUGCAUCAGAGGAUGAACCACCGUCAAGCCUCCAAAAAAUGGGAAAACCUGAAGAAGAGAUAUAAGGAGCUGAAGAACCCUCCAGAAGGUGUGAAAGCGGUGCCUGAGUCGUGGCCUUUUUUCAACCUGAUGGACGACGCCAUGGAGGGUCGGCUGCAGGGCUCAGCCCCGAUCCUCAAGGCCCUUCCCACUUACAGCAACAACAGUGAUUUCCUACCAGCGCCUACCCCCAAAAGGAGGAAGCUUUCCAACAUGGAGGUGUCGUCUGCUGCGGAUGUGGCAGCAGGUAGGGCAGAAGUAGAGGUUCUGCUGAAUGGAGAUGAGGAUGUGACUUCUGAAGCAGUCCUGGAGGAAAUCAUAGAGCUAAAGGACUUCGUUCAGGAGGCGGAUAUCGGCACUGAUAGUGAGCCCCUGGGGUAUAAAAGCGAGCAGGUGUCAUUGCAAAGAAAGAGAACGGAUCGGAAUAUAAUCGCUCUGAACCGGGAAGGGGCACUGGUGGAGAGGGAGCGGGCAGUGAUGGAGAGGGAGCGGGCGGUGAUGGAGAGGGAGAAGGGGGUGAUGGAGAGGGAGAGAGGGGUGAUGGAGAGAGAGAGGCUGAUGCUGGAGAAGGAUAGAGAUGCUCUGCAGAGCGAGAGGCUGGCUCUGGAAAAAGAAAAAGCGAGGUUGCAGAGCCUUUUUGCUCCGAAAGACAGAACGGAGGAGGUGGCAGAAGACGACAGCAAGGCGGUCUCGGACGCAGAGGAUAGAAAAGAGCGGUUUCUCUGUUUGCUGGAAAAACUUUCAGAGCAUUUUUAAGAGAAUCCUUUAAUUACAUCCAGCUUCACAUUUUUGUCAAGGGUGAAGUUCUUUGGGAACUUUGGGUGACAGUGGGGUAAAUGCACUGAACUUGUGUUCCGACAUGUAAAAUUCAGCUGGUUGAAUACUUUUGCAAAUCGCUUUAUUGUAAAUGGAAUCCCACCACACACGAUUGUAUGAAUUAUUUACAGAACUGUCACCUUUCAGCUGCUCCCCUAUUCAGGGGUCGCCUUUGCAAAUCAGUGCUGACUGUGUUAUAUGCAAGGCUACGCGCUUGGUGGUCGAGCCUUGCAUUUCACACAGAAUGCAGGCAGUUCUUAUGUUGAUUUUUCUAUAUUGUAUUCUCAUAGAAAUCCAGAUCCACAAUCUUAAAAGUUGUCAAUAAAAAAUAAACACAUUGAGACACAUCUUGAUUGUAGAGGUCUUUAAAUCGACUUUAUUCUCUUGUGGUUAUUCCAUACAGGGCACACAAUGGCACGCUCUUGGUAUUAAUCUAAACCCGGUCCUUAACCAAAAAAAAAAACAAAACAAAACCCGAAACAACAACAAAAAAAAAAAACCCCAGGACCAACCCCUCAGCACCACCACCACCCUAACCUAACAACCAUCUUUAUUUAAUCCACUCUAGACAUUAGAGUUGUGAAUCCGUGGCUAUUGCGCACAGUUAAAACAUGCCCUAUUGAAUCGAAUAUUAAAAUGAUUUGUGUAAAAAAAAAAAA